GACCUUUUCCGUAUCUAAGCCUCGAAACAACGGUUGUUCAUUUCCAUGGUAACCACUUUAGAUGCACAGCCAAAGAUUACAAUCUAACUGCUUUAGCUAGAGCUAGAAAAGAUAAAGCAUGGCUCUACCAUUUCUACCUGGAAAUUCAUUCAGUGAUCCAACUAAAACUCGGUUCCAUGUGGCCCAAAGUUUAUCGUACAAGAACGGGUACGCACUUCCCUUCCGUCCCCAGUUUGGAGUGGGCGGUAACACCCUUCCCCUGAGCCAACUCAACGAGGCUGAUCUUGAUGAGCUCUCAAACACUCGACCCACUCUCACAUACGGCAACUCCUCCAAACCUGCUCCAGUCGAAUUCGUUCCAGCUCAUGUGGCUUUCGAUAAAAAAGUUCUUCAGUUUGAUGCUUACUUCAAACAAACGGUACAUGAGUCGCCCAACGAGCACUAUCGCAUCAGGGAUGUGAAAUUUUAUUACUACCUGGAAGAUGAUUCCAUUUCUGUGGUAGAACCUGCCAUUUCAAACAGUGGAAUUCCUCAGGGCAAACUUAUCAAGAGGCAGAGACUACCCAAAAAUGACCUGGGUGACUGUUGGCACUGGAAAGAUCUCAACUUGGGUAUUGAUGUUACUUUCUAUGGAAAGGUGUUCCAUAUCUACAACUGUGAUCAAUGGACAGCUGAGUUUAUGGAGAGCGAGGGGAUUGAGUUGAGUAGUGCUGGCCAAAGGGCACCAGACCCUUACAUGGAAACAAGACACACACAUAAGCCAAAUUAUACUACCCCAUCUGAGUAUGACAAGCUGAAGCAGUUCUUGGAGUUGGACAGGAAUGUUCUUCGCUUCUACUGUGUGUGGGAUGAUAGAGACAACAUGUUUGGCGAGAUGCGUCCAUACGAGAUUCACUAUUACCUGGCUGACGAUACCGUACAAAUCCGGGAGAUCCACGAGGCAAAUGAUGGGAGAGAUCCAUUCCCUGUUCUGCUUUGCAGACAAAAGCUCCCCAAGGACAAAGUCAACAUGCCUUCCACGUUCCCUAGUAGUGUUUUGGAGGUGUCAGACCAUGAAGUAAAGGAGUGGCUCUCCCCCAAAGACUUUACCAUUGGGAAGGCAGUCAACAUUAUGGGCAGAAGAUUUCUCAUACAUGACUGCGAUGACUAUACCAAGGCAUACUACAAAAGCAAGUUUGGAGUACAAGAGUUUCAGUCAGUCCAGGUAUCCCUGCCUUCACCCAAACCAACUGAGCCAGAGCUACAACCUUACAAUGGGUUCGGGUCACUCGAGGACAGCAAGCAGUCUUGUCUCACUCUCAUCCCUCAACCACCUAAGAAGGACGUCAUCAAAAUGUUGGAGAAUGAUGGGAAGAUUCUCCGAUUUGCUGCCAGAAUGGAGUCUACACGGCCUGAGGACAAGAACAGGAAGUUCAUCAUAAGCUACCGUCUUGCUGACGAGAUGAUAACCGUCUUUGAGCCUCCACAAAGGAAUGCUGGUAUACUGGGAGGCAAGUUCCUGGAGCGUACAAAAGUGGCAAAGCCGGGAAGCUCCACAGAUAACCCAGACUUCUAUACCCCUGGAGACUUUGCUAUUGGGGCCACCAUUCAUGUGUUCAAACAUAAAUUUAUCAUCACAGAUGCUGACGAGUAUGUGUUCAAGUACAUGGAAGCUAGAGCUGACCAAUUCCCUCCUGAAACAAUUGAAUCAUUGAAACAGAAAAGAAACGGCAAAACUGUUUAGCAAGUAUGAACUUCAGCUCAGUGACAUUGACAGUACAGUAUGUGUGACGUAGUUUACAUUUAAAUACAUGAAUUGCAUUUUGCAAUAAAUUUUGAUGACAUGAAAGUUGGCAACUUAA